AUUUUUUACCCAGGAUUGAACCCGACUGUUAUGCAUACCUUGGGUAUGACAGGACACAGUCUAGAGUCUACAAGCCCUGAACACAGAACAAAACCUAAUUAGUGAAAGGCAGAAGGGAAUGGAACAAAAAAUACAAAUUAGAGUGCAGCUAACCUUGGCUAGGUUCCCCCUCCCCACCCCGGUCUAACUGAACACGAGAAAGGAAGGUGAUGAGGGGAGAGGAUGCUGGCAUGUGGAUUAAAAUGAAAAGUGGAAAGACCUGUCAGAGGGAGACAGGAGGCCUCGCUGCGAUGGCGUCAGAGGCUGAAACAGGGGUGGCUCGCGAGCACGCGAUGUUCACGCGCUGAAAUGUCCGCGACAGCUUACAACCAGUAACGCUAGCAAGGAAAAGGGGAAAAAAAAAAAGGAAACGAUGAUGAUGAUGACGCCUCAGUCCCCAACCCAACCACCCUUAACCUUCGCCCCCGCUCGCCCUCCGAACCCACCCUCGCAAAAUCAAGCCUGAUUUUCUUUAGGGCUAACCCACACGGUCGCCAGCUUGCCCAGACCAGGCAAGGGAUUCACACGGUGUGUGUGGUUGUGUGUGUGUGCGCGUGCACGUUGCUCCAUUGGUUAGCCGGGUCAGUUUGCGACAAGACUAAAUCUUCACAGAUGGCGUAAUCAAGGAACCUUCGUCCCCGUCCACAUCCCCAAGCAGCUUUUAAUUUUUUUCUUUCUUUCUCUCUCUCUUUCUUGGGCUGCCGCGUUUUGGCAAAAGACAACUGUCCUCGUUUCUCGAUUUGUCGCAGUACGCGACCGACUGGUAGAUGUCGACCGAACAGCCGAAUCGAUCGAGCUGUUACGAGGAAUGACAGUCCUGCAAGGCGAGGACUUCUCGCGUUACCAGCGCUUCGUUUUCUUCCACGCGCCUCUGAUGCUGCCAUUUAUUUCCUACUCGGUCUGAUUCAGCUGUUGCCGACAAUGCUUUUCCAAUCCCGGAGCUGCACAGUGUGGAAAAUUGUCCCUUCGCCUCUGCCUCGUCAUCGAGAUUCGGGAGGACAAUGCCGCAGUGAGCGUCGCUCGUUUUAAAGUGAACCUGCUGACACCGAAAGGGACUUCAUCAUCAUUCUGAGUUUUGAGUUUAAAAAGGCCGUACAUAUACAGAAUGUAUACUAGACAUUCGGCCAAGAAGGCAAUGGGAGAUACUAAUGACAGAGAUGGCCUUCCUUAUCUGAUUAUCAUCGUGACACUGGUGUUGUGUUCUUUGCUGCUGGCAACCAUCGCCCUAAUCAUCGUUAUUGUCGUCAUCAGGCAGAAGAAAAAAGCACGUUCGGACAGUGUCCACGAUGAGUCCAUUGCCUACGACGAGCUAGGUAAACCCGAAACGCGUGCAAUGGAGGUACAGCCAGACCUAAGGACGCUCGAACCACGUGCGGACCCACGAGCAUUUAUGCCCUUCGCUCCAAUCCCGACUCGCAGAUACACAGCACUUCCGUUUGAGUCACAGCGCCGCCUCAUUCCUGUACCUGAGGAAGAAGGAAGUGCAGACGAGCGGUUGACAUCACCGGAAGAAAUUUUUGCCUUUCCAGUUUAUGAAAUGGACGUGGACACUUACGAUGCCGACAGUGAUUUUGCACAGUCCACGUUUCCGCCAGAGGUCGGCGAGGCAGUGAACGCCAAGCCAGACGGCAACACGUGAACAAUGAACGAAGACCUUCACACCUUCGACUUCGUUGAACCGACCACACCUGAACGUGGGCUCUUCAGCGGGUGAGACAAAAAGAAUCAGAAGGGCAUGUAAAACUAUUUGAGCUUUAUCUAAUUUUGGAAACACAUGAAAAUUCAAAUCAUGUGCCCCGUGCCACAAUGUUAUUGUGCAGACGAAACCGAGUUACACUAUUUUCGUACAAAAAAAAAUCACAUAAAAUGUGUAUUAAUUCCCCAAAUGUUCGGAACAUUCAAAAUGUGUUUAACGACUUUUUUUUCCUCAUUCAGCUUGUUUGCUGGUUCAUUGCUAUUCAAAAGUGUGUUCUUGUUGCUUCAAUGUCACGAUGACACUUUGUAAAAAAAAAACCAACAAA